GAGGGGGUACUUGGGUAUUUUCCCUAUCUUUUCAAGCAAUUCAUUUCACAUAUUUUUGUUAUUUGCAUUUCGAUUCCAAAUUUAUAUUUUUGUAUAGAUUGUUCUACUGUUGUCAUUCUCCUACUGAUUAAAAUUUGGAACCACAUGUAGUUACAUAUUACUAAAUGAUCCAUGUUGUCAGCGUAUACAAGUUAAAUUCUUUCCAAAAUAGAAAAAAUAAACAGAAACACAAAGAGAGUGUUCAGCUACUAACUUAAGGAGAUGUAUUGAUGUUUCUCAGAGAGGCUCUUAUCAUAACAAACCAAAGCCUCAUGCACUCAUUGCCUUUUACCUAACUGAUUAAUUUUCUCUAUUAAAAACAACAACUUUACCCCUAAACACAACAAAGGCCAGAUUUUUCAGAUCAAAGGGGAAGUGUGUUUUUAUUUCUUGAAUUUCUUUCUUUUACUUAGUUCUGUUUGGAUAAAGAAAACAUCAGUUAAACAUAGCUAUCAGCUGAAGUUAAUUUGAAACAUGGAACUCAUGCAUCUAAUGGAGAGGCUUAGGCCUAUUAUGAGCUUAAAAAGCUGGGAUUACUGUGUUUUAUGGAAGUUGAGUGAAGAUCAAAGGUUUCUUGAAUGGAUUUGUUGCUGCUGUGGUGGAGCUGAGAAAAAUAUGCAUGGCUGUGAACAAGAGAUAUUUUUUCCUGAUUCUUCUACUUCAACUUGUAGAGAUGUUAUGUUUCAGCAUCCAACAACAACUGCUUGUAAUUUACUGGCUCAGGUCCCGCCUUCUCUGGCGCUAGACUGCGGAGUUUAUGCACAGACUUUGCUAUCUAAUCAAGCAAAAUGGAUGAACUUUGUACCUUUCUCGGAAUCAAAUAUCUCUAAUGAAAUAAUGGGAACUAGAGCUCUGAUUCCAUCUCCUCUUGGAUUGCUCGAGUUGUUCAGUACGCAACAACUAGCAGAAGAUGAGAAAGUGAUAGAAUUUGUUUCAGCUCAAUGCAAUAUGUACUUGGAGCAGCAAGCUAUGAUGAAUUCAACUUUCUCAAAUGGAGUUGAAGAGAACAACACAUCAAAGCCUUUCCCAACAGAAGGAGAAAGAGACGGAGACGAUCAUAUAAAAGAUUCCCAAAAUCAUUACAAACAGAGAGUGUCCCCUGCAGCUACAUCAGAUCACUUGUCAUAUGAUUUCCCACUUAAACGAAAACAAUUGGAUACUUGUUCGAUGAACUUCCUUCCACCGUUCAGUACUUACAGCACACCAGAAGUGGAUAACAACACAGGAGGGAACAUGUUGUUUGAUCAGAGCACAAGUGAUAUGACACAUUUUUCGGAGAAUAGGUACAUGAGUGAGAUGGAUGCUUAUUUACAGAAGCAAAUGAUGAGAAGUAGUAGUACUCAAGCUGGAAUUGAUGAUGAAUCAGUCAAACAUGAUAACGGAAGAUCGAAUUCGGGAUCUGAUAGUGAUCAAAAUGAGGAAGAAGAUGAUCCUAAGUAUAGAAGGAGAAAUGGAAAAGGUCCUCAAUCCAAGAAUCUUAUGGCUGAAAGGAAAAGAAGGAAGAAACUAAAUGAAAGGCUCUAUGCUCUUAGAGCUUUGGUUCCCAAAAUCUCCAAGUUGGAUAGAGCAUCUAUCCUUGGAGAUGCUAUUGAAUAUGUGAUGGAAUUGGAAAAGCAAGUGAAAGAUCUGCAGCUUGAGCUUGAAGAACAUUCAGAUGACGACGGUACUGGUGGAGGAAGGAAUCCGGACCAGAUUCACCCCGUAGUUUUAAGCCAAAAUGGAACUAAAAACAGGCCUAAAUCAGAUAACGGAAAACUUACAAAUGGAAGCCAAAGAGAAAUAUCAACUAAUUCUAAUGGCAGCGCUGACCCUUCCAGAAAAAAUCAAGAUGUAGAAGAGAACGACAAAUUGCAGCAAAUGGAGCCACAAGUGGAAGUUGCACAAUUAGAUGGGAAUGAGUUCUUUGUGAAGGUGUUUCGUGAACACAAGGCUGGUGGAUUUGUGAGGACUUUGGAGGCUUUGAACUCAUUGGGCUUGGAAGUUACCAAUGUUAAUGCAACUAGGCAUACUUGUUUGGUAUCAAGUAUCUUCAAAGUUGAACAGAAAAGGGAUAAUGAAAUGGUUCAAGCUGAUCAUGUGAGGAACACCUUGCUAGAGCUGACAAGAAACCCUAGUAGAGGUUGGUCUGAAAUGGGUAGAGCAUCAUCAGAUAAUAUAAAUAAUAAUUAUAAUAAUAAUGCAAAUGGCACUACAGAUUAUCAUCAACAUCAACAACAUGAUCAUCACCUAGACAAUAAUAAUCAACACAAGCAAACCAAUUCUCAUCACUUCCAUAGACACCACCAUCACUAACAUAUAUUAUUUUAAUUACUAUACUUGUAAUAAUGUACUUCUGCUUUUUUUUCUUACCUAAGUAAUCCUUGUUUAGUUUCAGAAUAAGAUGCAUAUUUGUGAACUUGUUGCUUUUUAAAUGGAAAAUUUAGACAAAAUGUCCAUUGGGUCAAUUUUUGUAAUCCAAAUAAAACAAUUAUCAUUAAGCAUAUAAAAUCUUCAUUUGGCCAUUAA